AUACUUAGAUCCAAGUUCCCCCAAUUCAGAAGACUCCAGACUCGCCGCAGGUUACAAAUUAGGGUUCGUAAUCUCUUUUGUGGAGAAUCACGCGAAGAUGAAGAACUUUCAUCAAAGAGAUGAACAUGACACUGAUACGAGGAAGAGCGAGACGAAGAGGAACAAGAACAUGAAGAGGUUGGGAGGCGGUGGUCUUUCACUCCAAACUUUUGCUAACUUGAAGUCGAAGAACAGUCACUACAACCCUGCUGUCAUCAAAAAGCAAAAAGAAUUCUACAAGAAUGCCAAGCAUGUGAGCAAGUUUAGGAAGUCGCUGAAGCAGCAGAACUCUCAUGAAAAGGAUGAGAUGAAGAUGCAGAGCUUUCAUGAAGAGGAUGAGACUGGAGAGAGUAGUAGUAAGGUGGCUAAUAAGGGUAAAUCUCACAAGAGAAUCGGUGUAGAGGAGGUGUACAAGCAGACACGAGAAGAGAUGGAAAAAGCGAGGAGGGAGAGGGAGGAGGCAUUUCAGGCCAAGAAACAAGCCAAAGAAGAGGCCGAGUCCCGGAGGAAAGCAGCAAAAGGGAAAAUGAUGAGGAAGACUCGACAUGGUCAGCCUGUAAUGAAAUACAGAAUAGAGCAUCUUCUUGAAUCUAUCAAGAAGUCUGCUGAAAACGAUGGAAAGAACCACAUGACCAGCUCAUGUUGAUACACUGUAAUCCUUGCUUUUUUAUGUCCUUCUUGCCAAAGACAUUACUACUGCUUCAAAUUUUGCUUCUUGUGUUGGUUUGAGGUAAACUUUUGUAGUUUUUGGAUAGUCUUUGCAAGUAUCAGCACAUUGGUGUUUGCUUACUGUUUAUCUCAAUGAUUUUAGCUGCUU